UACAAGAAGCAUCGCAUAUUUAGUUGAAUAGAAAAAUUGGUUUCAAAAUUGGUCAAAUGUUAUGUUGCGGUUUUUGUUGUGGCAACAUGUCGAAACGAGACUACAAAGUGGCCACAAUGGAUGGCAUAGAACUCGAGCCAUUGGGCGGCGAAAAAAUGGAUAAGGACAAGGAAAAGGAUAAAGAAAAACAAACGAAUGGUGUAACAUUUGGUGGUGAAUCUAGUGGUGGCCGACAAACACGCAAUGGCGUCGCUGUAUGUUCACAAAAACGUGCCCUCCUAGUGGCUGGCAUUGUGUUGGGUUCACUCCUGCUGACAGCUUUAAUAAUUGCCUACGCUGGUCCAUCAAAUGAUUGUUCGUGCGCCCGUAAAUUGCCAACUGGUCAUCAUACGAAUGAAGAGAAUGUCACACAACCAUUUAAUCCGAUUGCAACAAAUGGUGAACCAUUUCCAUGGUUAAAUUUAACAUUGCCAACAUUUGUAAGACCGUUGCGUUAUAUGGUGACAAUACAUCCGAAUCUAACAACGCUGGAUGUUAAAGGUCAAGUGACUAUCGAUCUAUUUAUUGAAAAGGAAACCAAUUUUAUUGUCUUACACAUACAGGAUCUAAAUGUCACAGAAAAGGCUAUUGUGCCGCUGGGCAAUAGGGGGAGUAGUGUCAUUAAAAUUAUAAAAUUCUUAGAGUACCCACCUAGACAACAGCUGUAUAUUGAAGUGAAAGAUAAACUGAAAAAGAAAUCCAAUUAUACAUUGAAUUUGCGUUGGUAUUCGAAAUUAAAUCCAGAACCAGAAGGUUUCUAUGUCGAUCAAUAUGAAAGCUCAAAUGGCAUAGAAAGAUUAUUAGCUGCCACAGUAUUUCGACCAAAUGGAGCCCGUAAAGCAUUUCCUUGUUUCGAUGAACCCCAUAUAAGAGCACCUUUCCGUAUAUCAGUAUUUCGUGAUCGUUUCCAUAUAGGCCUUUCAAAUUCCAUUGUGCACACUACAGAGGAUGUAGGUUUCUAUAUGGGAACAGGAUUGUUACGCGAUGACUUCAUCGAAACACCACCCCUGCCAGCCGAUGCUGUUGCAUGGGUUGUUAGUGAUUUUCAGCGAGAAUCUUUACAACCAUCAGCUGCCUACAUGCCCACCACACAAACACCGCCAUACGGAGCGGGUGCCAAAAAAUCCGCACAAUUAAAUAACUACACUCAACAGAAGGAGAAAAAGCCGCCAGUGCGUAAUAUAACCGCACUUACUCACUCGCUAAAUUUUAAUAUUUUGGGUAAAAAUAUGUCCACCACUACGACAACAGUGUCACCUUCCAAAGAAUUGGAGACGAAAAAUCUCACAGCCAUGAGCCAGUCAACGGGUUCGACGAUAAAACGAGCUCCCUCUUAUACGUUCUAUGCUCCACGAGAUCUAUUGCCCCGGUCUUCAUUUAUUUUGCACACCUCCCGUGAUGUUUUGGAAUACAUGCAGACGUGGUUGGAUGUCAGUUAUCCUCUGACGAAAGUGGAUUUUGUGGCUUUGCCAUCAUUAGAUCGUAAUAUCAUAUCCUCAUUGGGUUUGGUUACUUUGAAAACCUCAUUUCUAACUGAUCCCGAAACCAAAACAACUGAACAAUAUCAAAAAAGUGCUUUGUUGAUAGCAGAAGCCAUAGUCAGACAAUUCUUUGGUGGCAUAACAUCGAGAAAGGUUCUAAAAGAUGUGUGGCUGUGGGAGGGUUUGAUUAAAUACUUGGGCAUUCACACGUUAUCGCCGCUGCAGGAAAAUUGGCCUCUCAGAGAAAUAUAUUUGUUGAAUAUGGCUACAGCCGCUUUGGAUAUUGAUGCCAUACAGGGUUGGGAUAGCAUCAUGAAUGGCACUAGUCAUGAUGGUAAUAAUGAAGAUUUCUUUAUACAAAAAACUGCCGCUAUAUUUUCCAUGUUACAUACUGCUAUAGGAGAAGAUCGUUUCAGAAGUUGUUUGGGAGGUUUUCUUAAAUUGAAUCGUUUCAAAACAGCUGAGCCCUUAGAUUUAUGGAAUAUCUGCACAAAGAAGGCUAAUGGUGCGAAAAAUAUUAAGGACAUGAUGUCUUUGUGGACACAUCAAUCCGGCUUUCCCUUAUUGACAGUAACCAAGCUGGGCAAUAAAGUAACCAUAUCGCAAAAACCCUUUAAGCCAGCCGAAUUUUUGGCCAUACAUGAUGAAUCAUAUGAUGGCAAUAACUACAAUAAAACAAAUGCCAAUGCCACGGAGAUGUCAACAACAAGCACAACAACUGCGGCUCCAACACCAGCCAGCAAACAGAAACCUCCCCCACAAAUGAAAUGGAUUUUUCCCAUAACCUAUGUAACCGAUCUUAAUAAUCAAACGGAAACAUUGUGGAUGCAAAAUGUGGAUGUUAUUUUCAAUGUUGCCGAAAAUGUUAAAUGGAUUAAAGUGAAUGCCCGCCAAUCCGGCUAUUAUCGUGUUUUAUACAACGAUGACAAUUGGGCCAAUAUCAUUGAAGAUUUAUCCAAUGAUCCUGAAAAGUUUUCGGGAGAAGAUCGCUUAGGUCUUGUAUCCGAUGCUUUUACACUCUGCCAUGCUAAUUUGCUGCCCUGUGAAAUUACCAUGAACAUGAUACAAUAUCUGCCUAGUGAAACCAAUUGGGGUCCCAUGGCAUUGGCUCUGCGUCAUUUGGAAAAAUGGCGUCGUAUUCUGAAAUAUUCAGAAUGUUUCCUUAUGCUUUCUGAAUUUAUUAAAAUGAAAUUGUCCACAGUGAUAGAGAAGAUUGGUUGGAAUGAUGAUGGCGAUGAGGCAACCAGAUUAAUGCGACCAGAAGUUUUGCUGGCCUCAGUGCUGUGGGAAGAUAUAGACAGUAUAACAAAAUCAAAAAAUAUGUUAAAUCAAUUUCUCUAUUACAAUGGAACGGCCGUACCACCUAACUUAAGAGAGGUCGUUUACACUGGCUCAAUUUUGUCGGGAGAGUAUAUUUACUGGCAGCAUUGCUGGGAACGUUUUGUAACGCUACAGCGAACAUCCGAGAGCUAUGUAGAGCGCAUGCAAUUACUAAGAGCAUUAGGGCGUACAAAAGACGCCUGGCUACAAAAUCGUCUGCUGUCACAUGUCACAAUGUUGCCCACCGCCGAAGUGGUGCAAGUAGUUCAAGCGAUAGCUGGCACACCCACAGGUGGUGCUAUGGCCUGCAGAUUUCUGCAAGCGAAAUGGUUUGACUUGGAGUCAAGAAUGGGCCAGGGAACAAUAGCUUUUGCCAAAGUUAUAUCAGCCAUAACACAAUAUGGUGCCACGAAAUUUGAUUAUGAUGAGCUUAAAUCUUUAGUACAUCGUUUUGGACGAGGUCCUGGCAUGGACGUUUUAAAUAUGACCUUAAGUAGUGUAGCCUCUAAUGUUGAAUGGGUGGCUAGAUCACAAACAUCUCUGUAUAAAUGGGUAGAAAGCAAUUUACAUUCCCAUUAAAA